AUGAUGUUAUCACAAAAAUUGUUCAACGAGGUUUGUUUUUAAAACAAAAAUUCUGGAAAUUAGACAAUUUUGUUUCAAAUUUCACGUCGUUUUUUAAUAAAUAAUAAAAACGUGUUCAUGUCCAAAAUUAUCAUUUUUCAGAUCAGAGCAGAUCCAAAGCUGUUAUCAUCUUAUGAUAAUGCUGGAUAUCCACUCGAUAAAUUUUGCUCGCUUCUCGCGCAUGAUUCAUUUGACGAUUUGAAAUCAACCCUUGAUAUUUAUGGAUGGAGAUCAAGUUGUCCUAAAUUCCCAGUUCCUACAAUUGCUCCACCACGACGAAAUCCAUUGGAAAUCAUCAUUGAAGAAAAAUGA